UCGUGGUGGUUGUGUCAAAAUUGUUUUUGAGACGUUCGUCCAAAAGUUAAGUGAACUAUCCUCAAAUUCAGCUUUCUAAGGCGAAGACAAAAAGAUCAUGUGGCCGCGAGUAGGCGGGCAUGUCGGCCCGCCAACCCCCAUAACUCCAGAGGUAGACCGAUUUGAACUGAUGCCAUGGCGGUCGCCCCCUCCGGCUGAUCAAAUCAGAGCGGCGAAUGCACUAACACAUGUAUCGGCGACGCGGACCGCCGCACAGUCCGCUAGUCCGCCGUAUCUGGCCACGUCUUGUGUCUUAACUAGUUACAUCUUCACACUGUCUCCACCAUUCCCCUGUCCCCUUCAGAUGCGAAUGGACUCCUUCAGUUCGCCGAGGCGGACAUUUCAGAGAAUGUAUCGAAGAAUACAACACCCGUACAGGCUACUUAGCCUAAGCGAGCGUAUGCACAUUUACCGACCUAUCCUGCCUUCCCUGCAAGAGGAGGAGUCGACCGAACAAAGGCCCACUGUGGUACUCCAGGAGCAAAGGCAAUCGCGAACAUCAAAGCGCCGCACUCGCUCUAUUUCGUCAUACAAUCCAGGCACUGAGCAGCCGGCAGAUAUUGGACAAUCGACACAGAUGCAUUCUCCCAGUUUGCCCCGCUCUGCAUCGAACCAAUGGCUGAGGCAGAGCCAGUGGCCGCAGCCAGACGAGCCGGAAAUAAUAAUCACAUCGGACGUCCAACUGCAGACUGAUGACGAACAGACCGGCUUCGUAUCGAGCGGUCUAUUAUCAGCGACCCUGCCGCCUGGCCCACCUUAUCAAGAACUGCCCAUAGAAUAUGAACCGCCAUCAGUCCAAACAGUGAAUGAGGCGACGCCAAUGUCCUCCGAAGACAACAAUGUGUCUGCUGAACUCACUACGGAUUACUUAGAGAUUGAAGUUAUUGAAAAUGAGUCUUACGUGAGCUAUAACGCCUACGAGGUUCCUGUUACUGAAGUUUAUUAUCAGCCCACACAAAUGGAAACCAAUGGAAUGGAACUGGUAGCCCAACAAUCGGAUGUAGUAGAAAGUUCCACUUCAAAUGGAGAUGCAACGGGUAGCGUUGAAACUGCUCAAAAUAGGUCAUUGAAGGAUUUGUCACCUGUGGUUUCGUUCGAGCUGUACACUCGCAAGACCAUGCCAGUUCUGCCGGCGGCGACGCCCGCAGCCAAACAGGUCGCGAACAAGAUGAUCAAGCACGCUCGCAACAAUAAAACUUUAGACGAGAAAUUGUUGCAUUGCCUCAACUGCGACCUUUUCCCUAUUCUACCUGUUACGGGGUAUUGCGGUCAUACUCGCUGCACGAGAUGCAUUGAGGAGAACGGCGACUGUCCUUGCGGGGCUGAAGCUCCUACAGAACUUCAUGUGAAUACUGUUGUUCAGUAUUUGCUUGGAAAAAUGCUGCCAAAUGAAAAUUAUGUUAGGCGUAACGGCAGUCAUGAGCGACCUGCAGAUGUGUUGGAAGCCUCCUCAGCAGCAGUUAAAAAAAGGCCAUCGGUAGGCGGCACGGUGCGCCCGCGCCGCUCUCGCGGAAACCGCAGUGCGCCGAUGCGUGUGCGAUCCAACGCUCCGUGUGACGUCAACGCCAGGAUGCCGAUGUCGCCACAGGUGCAGUUUGAGUACGCGCGCCGACUGCUGUUGGUGGGCCGCUACCGCGACGCGGCGCCGCAUCUGGCUCGCGUCGCGGCCUCCUGCGAGUCGCUCGCGGUCGCGCGGAACGUCCGCAUGUUAUUGUCCCAGGUGAUCGUCCUGCUGGCUGACGGCAGCGACCCGCGCCGCAUCGCCCGCGACUUGCUCCGCUCGGUCCGCCUGCAAGGAGCCAGUAGCUGGCUCAAGCCAAGUGACCUGGAGUGCGUGCUGUGCUACCACACGUACACCAAGCCCAUCACCACGCCCUGCGGCCACACCUACUGCCGGACCUGCAUCGAGCGCGCCCUGGACUAUAGGAAGGCGUGCGCGCUCUGCAUGCGACCGCUGGAGGACUUCGAUGUGACGCAGCUCAAGCCCAGUGACCUGGAGUGCGUGCUGUGCUACCACAGGUACACCAAGCCCAUCACCACGCCCUGCGGCCACACCUACUGCCGGACCUGCAUCGAGCGCGCCCUGGACUAUAGGAAGGCAUGCGCGCUCUGCAUGCGACCGCUGGAGGACUUCGAUGUGACGCAGCUCAAGCCCAGUGACCUGGAGUGCGUGCUGUGCUACCACAGGUACACCAAGCCCAUCACCACGCCCUGCGGCCACACCUACUGCCGGACCUGCAUCGAGCGCGCCCUGGACUAUAGGAAGGCAUGCGCGCUCUGCAUGCGACCGCUGGAGGACUUCGAUGUGACGCAGCUCAAGCCCAGUGACCUGGAGUGCGUGCUGUGCUACCACAGGUACACCAAGCCCAUCACCACGCCCUGCGGCCACACCUACUGCCGGACCUGCAUCGAGCGCGCCCUGGACUAUAGGAAGGCAUGCGCGCUCUGCAUGCGACCGCUGGAGGACUUCGAUGUGACGCAGCUCAAGCCCAGUGACCUGGAGUGCGUGCUGUGCUACCACAGGUACACCAAGCCCAUCACCACGCCCUGCGGCCACACCUACUGCCGGACCUGCAUCGAGCGCGCCCUGGACUAUAGGAAGGCAUGCGCGCUCUGCAUGCGACCGCUGGAGGACUUCGAUGUGACGCAGGCUUGCGAGAACGUGUUCGUUGGGGCUGCGCUCGAGUCGAUCGACGCGUCGAGCCCGCCGCAGCCGCCGGAACCAGACGUCAUCCCGAUCUUUGUCUGCACCGUCGCGUACCCAUCGAUCCCGUGCCCACUGUUCAUCUUCGACCCGCGCUACUGGCUUAUGAUCCGCCGCGUGCUUGAGUCCAGCUCGCGCAAGUUCGGCAUGGUAGCCUACGAGCGCGACCGCAACUACUCAGACUAUGGCACGGUGCUGGAGGUCUGCGACUGCGUGCACCUUGAGGACGGCAGAUCGUUCCUGUCCACCAUCGGCGUGUCCCGCUUCAAGCUUAUCGAGCGUGACGUCAGGGACGGGUGCGACGUAGCCCGCAUCCAGCCUCUGACCGAUGUCAUCCCGACAGAGGGCGUUUUGAUCCUGAACCUACGGAUGCUGAGCUCCCAGAUCUUGUACAAGGCUCUGAUGUGGCUCAACAACAUGAACAAGACGGUCCGGACGGAGAUCGAGAACGCUUUCGGACAGAUCCCACGCGCGGACCACGAGCAAGACGAGUGGUGGGACAGCCCGGACGGCCCCGCCUGGCUGUGGUGGCUCAUCGCCAUCUUACCUCUUAGAUCUGAAAUCAAGGUACUGAUUCUCUCUACAAAAAGCCUGCUGAAGCGUAUGAUGGCGGUGUCACGCACACUGGAGGCCAUAGACCAGGUGGCCAUAACCACGACCUCUACCUCCGAGUGCGAGAUCCGCAGCGCCCUGACCAACGCCGACGAGUGGCUGGAAAGGGGCUCCUGACUACAGAUGCACCUCGCUGACAUCGGUAGGAUGCCAGACUAAACCUACCAACGUGUGGCAGUCAAUUAUUUCAUUUUUUUUGUAAUGAGCUGGGUUAAAUUGACAUUACAAAUUAACUUUGCGUUUGCUGACACAAUUUACAAAGGUACUUUUGUGAUGAUUGCUGCAAGGUUAGUUACACUUUGUAAUUUUUUUUGCGCUCGCUGGUUAGGUGAUCCUACAAGUCGACACUUUCGUGGAUAUUUGUCGCCACAAUUUACAAAUGUAAUUUUGUGACUAUGAUAGUAGGCUAGGAUUUGUCAUUUUUUUGUUAAAAUUUUUUGUGCCCGCUGGUUUGGUGAUCCCACAAGUCUACACUUUCGUGGACGUUUGUUGCCACAAUUUACAAAAGUAAUUUUGUGACUAUGAUAGCUACAAGGCUACACUUUGACAUUUUUGUUAUAUUUUUUUGCUCUCGCUGGUUCGGUGAUUCUAUAAAUCUACACUCGUGGACGUUUGUUACAAUUUGCUAAAUUAUUAUUUUUUGACUACGAUUGCUACAAGACUUUAGUAGGUAUUUUGAUUUCAUAAUUUGGCUAAAUAGGAAGGAAUAUCAAGCCAAAGUUAUUUGUUCUCAUUCGUCUACAAUUGGAAGCUUGGUCGUUUCAUGCAUUUAAUGUCAUGUUGCAAAUAUGUAUGUAUAUGCGACGUGAUUAUGUCCGUGAGCGUGUUAAAUAUUAUCAAGUGGCACACGCACACAAAUAUGUAUUUCAUAUUCUUACUCUAAAUGUGAGUGUGAGAGACAUACUUACUAUAAUUGUAAUUCUAAUAUACACUUUACAUUGCAAUUGCAAAAACUUGCGAAAUGGUUUUGGAAUUUGUAUAAAUGUCGAACUUGGAAGUGAUGCUGUCAUUGCGAGUGGACGUCGCUUUUCUUAGUGAAUAAAAUGUGUUAACAAACAUACCUACAUAAUAAAUACAUUAUUAUCAAAUAUGUAUUCCGUGGAGAAAAGUAUUCCCGUAAGCCGUUUUUAUAAGCGAUUAAAUAAAUUAAAAGUAUCAAAACAGGUCCACCAUGCUUUUCGAACAACUACAUAACACUCCUCCACGGAAUUCAUGCAAUCUUUUGAUCACGACGAAUCGCAAAUAUUCACAUAAUUAACCAAUUUAAUAUUUCAAAUUAAUUAUAAAAAGUAGGAUAAAUAAGUUUGAGAUAUUUCCGUAAUCAUAUAUUAAACCGCAAUGAAGUCGUCACAUACUAUGAAAUACUUUCUGUAUUGGUACAUAUGUUUUGUAUUUAUUCAAAACAUAUUACAAGAGUAAAUAGAAAAUAUACGACAUUGUAAAAACGCUCAUCUUAAGUAGUUUUGGAAUACUGUGGCCAAUAUCAGGCAACGUAUUAACUCGAAUAUAAAUCAUAGUACAAUGUAAAUAAAUACCUACUUUGUGAUUUGUAAUGAUCGACGGUGGGCGUCAUUGGUCGCUGGACCAACGUGGAAUGGCUACACAAUAUUGGGUCAACUCUUGGUACAGAUAUUCGGAAGAGAUACGAGAUCUCAAGUAACAGCAGUGGUUUCUGAUUGACACACAGAACCCUAUUUGCAAUCCAUUAUGGUCAAAUAUCCUGUAAUUACUUUUCCUUCAUCAGGAACCCUUACUAUGAUUGUAUUUUCUCCAUAUUGUGUAUUGGAAUAAGUAAGACAUUCCACAACCCUUGCACUGUAUGCGCCUUCUAUGCUAAAUCUUGACUGUGUUGAUCUAAUAACUGCAGGGUCUCCUUUGUGAUUGUUAGUGGUGUUUCAAAAAUGCACUUUCAUGUCUUGAUAAUUUUGUAUUGAACAGUUCUAGUGACUCUUAGUAUGCUAGUUUCGUGUAGAUCGCUUACCAAUUCCCAAUGCCUAUGGGAUAUUAGAUACGAUUCGUAUCAAGAUACGAAUUUAAUUGAUGGGAACAUGUAUAUGAAAAUUUAUUAAGGAUAAUGUUAAGUAAUACUUAUACAUGUAAUGAUAAAUCUUUACAAAACUACGUACCGGCUUUAUUCGCCAAAAUUAAGUCUUCUAUUUGGUAAUUAGGUGUAAACGUGAAUUCAAACAAUAUUAUACAAAGUUCCUUUUUCCAUUUUUAAUAAUGUCUUUUACCAAAGUAGUAUCUGGAAUAAGUAAGUUAUAAGCGAUGGUAUAAAAGUAAGAUCAGUAUUCUGGAAAGGCGAUGCGACGAAGACCGCUGAGGUUCGUUUGUUGAGCCUAUGGCGGCCAUGCAUACAGACAAUAGUUUAAAAAAUAUUAAGUCGAUUUCGAGCUCUGAUUGCGAACCAAAGACAAUAUAAACUUUUUCUGGACCUUAAUGAUAAUGACGUAACUCGUCUACAGUUUACCCUGUGUUUGAAGUCAGAUUUACGCGAUAUCUUUAAUUAUUAAGUCGAUGUGGUGUGAUUGUAACUAAAAAAAAAAAUAAAGAAAAAAAGACAAUUUUACUUGUUGACCGAAUUGUUGUUGCGGUUGUUAUUCGUCUUAUGCAGGAUUUACAUUGAUCGGCGCGAGUCGGCGCGCAUCGCAGCGUCCGUACGGCCAAAAAUGCGGUUAAAAGCGCGAGUAUCCUCUGGCAUCAGCCAAGUAUAGUGUCACAUCGCUGUCAGUCUAGUUGAAUAACUCCUACUGUGUGGACGUGUUAUAAUUUUAUUAUAAAAUGGUGGAAUGGGAUGUUGUUUUGUUAGCAAUCGCUUGGGAAAAAGAUAAAAAUAACCAAAAUAAAAUAAACAGGAAGAUAAAAAUUUGGGUGGAUGACUUACGGUAGCCGCCGACCAGAGUCGACGGCGGCCGAGCGACGAAUACGCUCGGAGUCGACCGGCUUCCGACGCAAGCUCGCGCAUCCGUCCGGAUUGAAAUGUAUAGUCUAACUGAUACAGUUCAGUUGUGAGCCGGCUUCUUCUUUGCGCUCCGACGCGCUCCGACGUGCGCCGGUCAAUGGGAAUCGUCCCUUAGAUUGUAGUAGUCUGAUGUUGUAGCACGGAAUUUAGUAAAAUGGUUCAAUCUUCCAAAUCCAAGUUACUUCAUUGAAAUUGUAAAAUCGUAUUCCACUCUAGCCCUAUAAAUGUAUUUUGACUCACGGGGUUUCUGAGUGUUUAAACUCCUAGUUGUUACACAUAGCACAGAAUAAUAAUAAGUACUACACAUAGUAAUAAAUUUCAUGACAUUUACAAUAUAUAGGGUGUCCCGUAAUUCAACGUCAAGUCGGAACUGGGUGUUGAGGCAAGUUGUGCUGGUUAUCAGAAAAAUAUAAAAAAAAAUCUAUGUGGCACAUUUUCAAAAUAAUAAGCAUUAAAAAAAAUUAAAAAAAUCUACUCCCGGUGACGGUAUUUUUACUCCUUUUGCCACGAAUCUUCACUUUUUCCAAAAAAAAAUUUUUGUUAUGUAACCCUGAAUAAUGCUUCUCUAAAUUGUUAUCAAAAUUAUAAGACCAGCUUGGUUGAAAAAAAUACAUUAUUUCCAAAAAAAAAAUUCAGGACCGGGAUUUUAUUUUAUAUUUUUCUGAUAACCAACAUAACUUGCCUCAACACCCAGUUCCGGCUUGACAUUGAAUUACAGGACACCCUGUACAUAUAGUUCUGUAUACCUUUACAAGUUGAAUGUUAAAUCGCGUGAUAUCUUGAAAAUACGUUACCGCUUGUUGGUAAACAAAAUCUAUACGGGAUCUUUAUUAUUCCUACCUUCGAUUAGGUUAGGCUUUAUUAUUACUACCUUCCUAGACUUUUGGACUUUAAUUAUUUCGCAAUUUAAACGUGGAUUAGACUUAUCAUAAUGAUACAAUUUUUUGGGAAUUCGUGCAAUAUUUGUGGACUUUCAGCACUAGAAUUCGUAGUUUCAAGGAAUCGAACGAUUUCUGCUAUUUUCGAUUCUUGCUGUGUAAUGAAAAAUGCUUUUCCGAUGUUCCAUUUUGUUAUAAACUUUGUCAGUUUAUGAAAUAGAUUUCUUUAUGCAUAGUUUUGAAGUGAAGAAAAUUUUUUCUAAUUACAAAGAGUGUAUCUACGUCUUCACCUAUACCUUAGUUCUUUAGAAAUUUCCCAAAAUGUAAACAAAUAUGGCCAACUGACAUUGACGAAUUUUUAGUCUAUGUCAGUUGAUCUACUAGUGAUGCGACAAAAUCUCUCGUUAAUCGCAAUUCUGUAAAUGUCAUUUACGGACUGCAAUAGACGAUUAUUAGAUUUUUAAAGAUCGUUUGUAUAAUUAUAAAGAUCAAUCCCUCUUCUGAUUGAUGUUGUGAUCAGUAAUGUGAUCGUCAAAAUAGGAUCUUCUUAAUCAAAGAAAAUUUAAUUUUCCCUUUUUUAUUUGUUUAGGAAAUAUAAUUUAAAUUAUACUGUGGGUCUAGACAAAGUGCACAAUAAAAUCGUAAACCAGUCGAAAAGUGGUCGAGAUGCCUUUUUUAUGUGACACUCGUCUGUAUAAUAAAGCUGAAUUCAAAGACUUCUUCGCAAAGUGUGUUGUUGCAUUCAAUGAAGAAAAAAUACAUUGUUGAAUAUAACCUCGUUUAUAUUUUGUUUUAAAUUAAUAUUAUCAAAGUAAUUGGUAAUUGAAAUAAUUGAAUACUGGAAAUAAAAUCGAUAAAAUUUACAGAUUAUUAUCUAUGAAUAUUGUCUAUGACUUACAGAUUUUCCAGAGAUAGGACCUAAAUUUCAACGUCAAAUGUCGAUUUGACAUUUUAACAUGAAGCACAAAUUUUCACCAUCCAAAUAUUUUGUUAAAAUAUUUUGUUUUCAAUGUUAGAUUUCAUAUUUGUUUCAUCAUGAGAAAAAAGUUGGAUUCAUGAGCUUGUGAAAUAAUGUGUAUAAUAUUAAGAAAACGUGAGUAUUAUAGUGUAAUUGUGUGCACAAGUGUUUGUUUACAUCGAUGGAAAUUUCUAAAGAAUUAAGGUUACAGAGUACACUGUACACUCAUAAUAUCGUCGUAUUACUUUUCACUCUUUGUGUAAAUCUCCAAAGUUAUGUUACCAUUAUUUCGUAAGCGAAUUAAAAUCGUUAUAUUUGGAUGUUAUUUUAUGACAGUUUGUAUUUUUCUUUUCCAAAUUUUGUUAUGAAGUUUAGAAGUGUUUAGAAGAAAAAUUACGAAUGGUAAUUACUGAUUGUUUGGUUAUUAGCUGCUCGUUGAUGUUGCAUUUAAUGUUUUAGUUAAAGAUAUUGGUAUAUUGUGUAUUAAAUAGAUUUCAUACAUUUCGUAAGGUUAGAGUGGCACAUCGUGUUGAUGAAUCGUUUUUGCACAUGUUUAGUUUUAUGUGCUUGAAAUGGCGACUGCGUGUCGGCCGUGGUGUCGGCUUUGUCCCACGUAGUCUUAUUUAGGGACAGACCGCUAUUGGGUCUGCGUGUGUGUUGUAGGGAAUAAGGUCUAGGUUAAAUAAAAUUACAUACGUUUAUCUAAAUGUAACGCCAUGAUAAUAAGUGUUGGAUAUUUUGUAUGUACGUGUUUUUCAACUUUUUCACUAUAGUAUAUGUGAUCUCGAGAACAACAAACAUUCAAUACCAUAAUUAUAUGCCACAGCCACAGUCAUCUAUUAUACACUUAAUGUUAAAAUAAGUUAGUUUAAUUUAUCCUAGUGAGAACCGAUACAUUCAAUGUUCGUUAUAAUUAGUAAAUUAUUUGAUUUCGACACUAUAGUUAAAUAUAAUAAGUACUUAAUGAUACGUUUACUGAAUAGAAUACUUCAGUCAUAUCAAACGACAUACUCGUUCAGCGUAGAGAUGUUUGGCAGGAGGCGUGAUUGUUUAUACCCUAGCUUAAUUCUGUUAUGGUACCUUAGUUGUUCUGAGCUGGUUCUGCCUGAUGGUAUUGGUAUAAAUCAUUCCGUAAGAGAGCACAAGCACAUACUUUAUUAUAUUAUGAUCUCAUUAAGCGUCGGAUCGUUUUUGGAUAAUCUCAUUUCAAUGUUUAGACAUAAGGUUUUGUAACUGAAAAAGUGUGUCCAAGUUUCACUUAGCGGAAAAUAGAUUGUAAUUUAAUGUAUUAAAUAAAAGAAGUUCAACAAAGCUGAUGUACUCGCUGUGAUCGAAUAAUCUAUAUUACAUUGAAGCUUGGACGCAUUCUGCAUAUUUGCAAACUAGGCUAAUGAUCUAGGUUUAAGUUUUCUAUCUACUUACUAAGUAAACUUUGAAAAUGUUAAUGCCGAUACUCAUUACGUACAUGUAUUAGGUCAAUAUAUCUUGGUGUUGUAACUACUGCAGCCCCCUCCAAGCACGAUUCCUCUGGUAUGAUGUUACCCAUCCAUACACCUAGUUGAAACAUUACACAGUUCUUGUUAUCAUUUAAUUACAUCCAAAACAAAUAUGUGAUCGAAUUUUCCAGAGAGUUUACAUUCUUUAUACUUGAUUCGUUUGUAACUUAAAUGUGAUUUUUCUCUCCUAGUUGGUAACGAGUGUCAUUGUAUUAAUAUGAUUAAGCCCAUUAUAUUUGGUGUUAAAAAGUUUAUUUAGUUAAAAGGCAAAAUUGUCCUCGCCACUUACUAGUUUGGUUUAUUUACAACCUUUUUUUUUGUUAUCCUUCUUUUUUCUAUAAUAAAAGUUAUAAAACAUAAA